AAGCAGCUUUGCGCAAUGCUGCCGCAGCCCUGUGGAAAGGGCAGAAUUCCACCUGCAGCCCCACUGCCCCGGGGGGAGAGGUGUCCUGAGGAGCUCCUGAGCGACAGCAGCAUCGGAGGGGCAACACAGGGGAGACACCCCCCAGGACAGAGGCGAAAGACAUCGUGGAGGCAAUUUUCCAACAUGAAUCUGGUGGCAGGUCUUCUCUGCUUGCUGGCUUGCCUUACUGUGGUGACUUGUGACCGGGUCUACGUCCACCCUUUCAAUUUGUUUUCUUUCAAUCAAAGUGAUUGUGACAAGCUGGAAAAAUUGGUUCAGGAGGGAAAGACUAUUGUCCCUGUCUCCAUUGAGUCUCAAACCACACCUGAAUAUGAAGGUGACGUGAAUGACAAGAACGAAUUGGAAGCCCCAAGCCUCAACACCUGGGGGAAAGAGGAACGAGGCUACCUGAGUGGCUUGGUGUACGUCCCGGGCAUGCGGUUUUACAAUGUGCUGCAGAAAGCACGGACGGGCCAAAAUGUGCUCCUGUCCCCAAGCAGCCUCUACAGCUCCUUGGUGUCAUUCUACCUGGGUGCCUCAAACCAGACAGCACUUGAUUUGCAGGGAUUGCUGGGAUUUGUUCCCCCCUCUGGAAACCCUGACUGCACUUCCACGGCAGUCGGAAGCAAUUUCCUUUCCAGCCUGAGGACGAUCGAAAGGCUUGUGAAGAGUGGGGACGAGGAGCUGCUCUUUUCCAAGACACUGAGCCUGUUCUCUGCCCCUGGCAUACCCCUCUCCCAGCUGUUCAUAGAGCACUUGCUCCCCAGUGCUGAUGCAUUCUACGCCCGAGCUGUUGACUUGACAAACCCAGGCGAGGCAGCAAAACAAAUAAAUGCCUUUGUGGAGACCAAAAGUGAGGGCCAGAGCAAGUGCUUACUGGCAGACAUCGACCCAUCCUCAGAGCUGCUGUUUGCGGUGGACGUCCGCUUGGCAGUGAAUGUUAAGCAAGCCUUCCCACUCAAAGAGCCUCAGGAGUUCUGGGUGGAUUCAAACACAAAGGUCCUGGUCCCUAUGUUGUCUGUCACGGGGACACUCAAGUACAAAACUGAUGCCAGUGGGACUUUUUCCCUGGUGGAAGUCCCCAUCAGCAAGACGGCGCUGCUGGUGCUGCUGCAGCCCAUCAAUGGCAGUGACCUGGAGCACGUGGAGUCCGAGCUGAUGUCGCAAUCCUCAGCUUGGCUCCAGAGGCUGUCCCCAAGAGACAUCAAAUUAACGCUGCCAGCAUUAACACUAGAAGACAGCUCUGAUCUACAGCAGCUUCUUGCAGAUAUGGAACUGCCUACACUGCUGGGGAAGGGGGCAGAUUUCAGUAAGAUAAGCAACGCCAGUCUAACAGUUGGAAAGGUAAUAAAUAAAGCCUUUUUCAAGCUGGCCAGUGAUGGAACAGAUCAGGCAGAAGACCCUGCAGCACAAAAGGAAGAUGGGGCAUACCUGGAUGUAACACUGAAUAAGCCAUUCCUUUUUGCUGUUUUUGAAAAGCAGUCAAGGGUGAUGCUUUUUCUUGGCAGAGUAGUAAACCCUCUGCAUGAGGAUUAAAUGCAAACACAGAGGAUAAGAAAGGAGUGGAAUGAUGCACAUUUCCUGUCACCUUUUUCUUAUUCAUCAGAUAUUUUUGUUGAGUGCUCUACUUAGCUUUGAGAUGAAGCAGUUAGUGUUUGAAAUAUAGCUUUUUGAAAGCUAACACCUUGCAACAUUUCAUCCUUGUUCAUCUAUUUCAUGUGAGGUGACUCACAUCCUUCCUCCAGCUUCCAUUUUAUUCUCUGUCUCUCUUUUGCUCCUAGUUCCCUUUCUGGAUGCAGUGGGGCAGAGCAUGGUUUUGAUGCAAGGAAACUUGAAAAAAUAGAUAAGCAGCUUCUACUAUACUCUUUUUAUUUACUAUAGAAAAGAACCACUUCGUUCUUUAAAAAGCUUUUUAACUGUAUGGUCAGUUUUUCAAGAGAGACUCCCUUUUACAUAACAGUGAAGAUUUUACAAUUACCCACUAAGAUUUCUAGCUUCAUCAGCAACAUUUCCCUUUAAAAAGCUGCCAACAGCACAGGCAGGUUCCACUUGUCCCACUGAGACAAGAUUUUUUGCCUUGGAAGCAAAAACAUGCUUAGGGGAAGUUUCUUCUUUCUGCAGCCCAGAUGGAUAUGUUCACUUCUUAACUCUAUGGAAAUGCUAAAAAUAGGGUUCAUCACAUUAAUGAAGUGUGAUGGAUAAAUCCUCAGAGUCUGACAAAAUUAUCUCUUAUGUUUUUUAGGAAAAAAAAUCCCACAAGGUCUACUAUUCCAAUAUAAUUCCAUUUCUUGGAUUACUUUAUAACCUGUGAGGCAUUCCUUACAGCAAAGAUGGACAUUACUGGUUAGAGUCCAAUUCUGUAAAUUUUAACAUAUUCAAACCAUAUGUUCUUUAAAAAUAGCAUUAAUGGCAGUAAUAUACAUUAGUAUAAAUAGUGGAUGUGGUGCAGCUACUUGUGAAUAAAAUGAUUACAGCAGUCCAGUCCAACUCUUAACAGAGUCAUAAAAAUUUCAAGCAUUAAAGUGGAACAAUUGAUUAUUAGAUGACUCUUGAAUUACGAAGUGAGGAACUGGGAGACAGACCUUGGUACUGAGGAAAGCCUGGAACAAGGAUUUCCACCUCUCAUCUAGAUUUAUUGUUAGGACUGAUGGCACUUAAAAAUAACUGCAAACCACUUUGGCGAGAUGUAUCCCGCAGUGCGCAGCAGCUCAUUAUCAUCUGCAGUGGCCCAAAUGUGUAUCUAAUCUAAAUGCACUAAUGCCAGCAGCUUGCUGUCAGUGAUGUAGACACGUCCUUGUGGCUUAAUGGAAAAUGCCGUAACGUUAUAAAUAAAAUAACCCUCAGAACACUAGGAAACAGCAUCCAUGUAUUUAUCCAUUUAUACUCUAUGUACUCCAGAUGUGCUAACAUCUAAAUACUGUACUUGUAUUAGACACAGAAGUAAUUAAGUAUGAACAUGCAGAAGAAGAAAGAUGCAAAUAAACUCACUUCCAAGUUUCUUUGGCACAGCUCAGUUGGGCUUUUGUCCAUAUAAAUAAGUUCUGGAUUCAAAAUCUGCUCCAAAUCAGAUUUAUGUUUUUAAGACAGUAAGUUGCAUAUUACCAAGCACUACAGCCAGUGGUAUAGCUCUAAGCAUGGAAGAGGCAGCUGCAUACUAUUUUAAAUGUUAUCCCAUUUACUUGUUGAAGUCAGAAGGUAGCAUCACCUACAAAUAAAAUUUCAGACCAUG